UGAAAAGCGUGCACUGGCAGCGUCUUGCAGGAUCCUCUCUCACUUCUGCUUCCUAUAGUCAUACGCUGAUACAGUCCGAUAUUGAGUAAAACAGAUUGCUGCUUCAGCUUGCAGACUUCCUUUUCAGUAGAUCCUUAGUGUACAGUAGCUUGUCAUUCCAUUUUGAUUUGAACCUGUUAGUUUUGAUUGUUUUAUUAACUUAAUUUGUAGAAUAGGGGAUCAUUAUCAAUAUCUGUGGACCCGAGCAACUACAUAAUUGAAGUUUUUGUUGGUUUAAGUGUUGAUAUUUUUUUUUUUGUGGUAACGUUUUGAAGACCCUCCCCAGAGUCUGUGAACAAUGCAGGACUUCUGGGGAGAUGUUGCGCAUAUGAGGACCACCAUAGGAGCUACAGCUUCUUCGGGCAAUGAUGAUGAAGCUGUUGUUGACCAGGGGAAAACCAGCUCUAACAUUCACACAAACUUUGAAAAAGAGGAACUAGAAAGUCACAGAGCAGUUUAUGUUGGCGUACAUGUACCUUUAGGAAGACAAAGCAGAAGGAGACACCGCCACCGUGGUCAUAAGCACCAUCGGAAAAGGAAAGACAGAUGCUCUGAGCGAGAGGACGGCAGAGAUUCACCAACGUACGACACUCCUUCACAGAGGGUCCAGUUUAUCCUCGGCACUGAGGAUGAUGACGAGGAGCACAUUCCUCAUGACCUCUUCACUGAGCUUGACGAGCUGUGCUUCCGCGAUGGACUCACUUGUGAGUGGAAAGAGACAGCCAGGUGGCUGAAGUUUGAAGAGGAUGUAGAGGAUGGAGGAGAGCGCUGGAGUAAGCCUUACGUCGCCACACUUUCUUUGCACAGCCUGUUUGAGUUGCGCAGCUGCAUUCUCAAUGGCACAGUCAUGCUGGACAUGAGAGCAAACAGCAUUGAGGAGAUAGCAGACAUGGUAUUAGACAACAUGGUGGCAUCAGAGCAGCUGGAUGAGAGUGUAAGAGAAAAGGUACGAGACGCUGUGCUGAAAAGACACCAUCACCAGAACGAGAAGAAGCUCAGCAAUCGCAUCCCGCUCGUGCGCUCCUUCGCCGACAUAGGCAAGAAACAUUCAGACCCGCACUUGCUUGAGAGGAAUGGGGAGGGUCUCUCUACCUCCCGUCUGUCCCUCCUCAGACGUACCUCCUCCACCUCCACCCCCCCCAGCUCACGCCGUCCCUCCAGAGAGUCCCGCUACUCCCGAUCCUCCAUCAUUCUCAAUCAGCUUCUGUCCAGUGCCAACUCCACCCCCUCUACCACUCCUCAAAACUCUCCCCCCACCGCCCACCGCGCUUCGCCAUCCCUCCGCCCUCCAGGACCCUCUCAGCAGGGCCCCGAGCUGUUGGUGGCGCGGGGAGACCGAGACGACAUUCCAGAGGUCGUAGUGUUCCCACCUGAGGAGGACGUGGGGGAUCCACUGCCAGCCUUUUACGCCGUUCAGGAUGAGAAGGUGGUUCAUGACCCGACCAGGCUCUUGCCCCUUCCGCAGUCAGGUCUUCUUGCGUCGCCCCAGUCGGCCCCGGGCAUCCUGGAGAACAGUAAGUCCAGUGAAAGCCGAAUAAAUGGCACCGGUGGCAGCAGGGAAAAUAGCACAGUGGACUUCAGCAGAGACAGCCAGUCGCCUUUUCACUGUAGUUGCGGCUCUCUGGGAGUGGGCACCAAAAGGCCUGCUGUGGACAUGAAUUUUAUGAAGAAAAUCCCGCCUGGGGCUGAAGCUUCAAAUGUUUUGGUGGGGGAGGUUGAUUUCCUUGAGCGUCCAAUCAUUGCCUUUAUCCGACUCUCGCCUGCUGUUCUUCUCACCGGACUGACCGAAGUGCCCGUUCCGACAAGGUUUCUCUUCCUGCUGUUAGGGCCUUUCGGUAAAGGAGCCCAGUACCAUGAGAUUGGCAGAUCUAUAGCUACGUUGAUGACAGAUGAGAUCUUUCAUGAUGUAGCGUACAAAGCCAAAGAUAGGAACGACCUUCUGUCUGGCAUUGAUGAGUUCUUGGACCAGGUGACCGUUCUGCCUCCAGGAGAAUGGGAUCCCACGAUACGAAUUGAGCCUCCAAAGAGUGUCCCCUCUCAGGAGAAGAGGAAGAUGCCCUCCAUGCCGAAUGGCUCUACUCCACAAUCAGAUGUGAUCAAACAAGAAGCACACCACGCUGGACCUGAACUGCAGAGGACGGGACGGAUAUUUGGGGGCCUGGUGCUAGACUUGAAGCGGAAAGCUCCGUUUUACUGGAGUGAUGUUCGGGAUGCUUUUAGCCUGCAGUGUUUGGCCUCCAUCCUUUUCCUCUAUUGUGCCUGUAUGUCCCCCGUCAUCACCUUCGGAGGCCUUCUGGGGGAAGCCACCAAAAACAACAUAAGUGCCAUUGAGUCUCUAUUUGGAGCUUCACUCACCGGUGUGGCCUUCUCUCUGUUUGCCGGUCAGCCUCUCACUAUCCUGGGCAGCACCGGGCCAGUUUUGGUUUUUGAGAAGAUUCUUUUUAAGUUCUGCAGUGACUACGGUUUGUCCUACCUCCCUCUGCGCACCAGCAUUGGCCUGUGGACGGCUUUCUUGUGCCUUCUUCUGGUCGCCACAGAUGCCAGCUCUUUGGUGUGCUACAUAACAAGAUUCACAGAAGAGGCCUUCGCUGCUCUCAUCUGCAUCAUCUUCAUCUACGAGGCCUUGGAGAAGCUCUUCCAGCUGGGGAAAAUGUACCCUUUCAACAUGCAUGAUGAUUUGAACAACCUCACAUUUUACACAUGUCAGUGUUCACCUCCUUCCAAUACCACACAGAAGAUGGAGCAGUCAUGGAACCAGUCAGGGUUUACUUAUGACACCAUUAAUUGGACUGAGCUUAAUGUGCAAGAUUGCAGGGAUCUUCAUGGCGAGUUUGUGGGUCCUGCCUGUGGACAUAAUGGCCCGUACAUCCCUGAUGUGUUGUUCUGGUCGGUCAUUCUCUUCUUCACCACUUUCUUCCUCUCAUCCUUCCUCAAGCAGUUCAAGACCAAGCGCUAUUUCCCCACUAAGGUCCGCUCUUCCAUCAGUGACUUUGCAGUUUUUCUAACCAUCAUGAUCAUGGUCUUGGUGGAUUAUUUAGUGGGUAUCCCCUCUCCUAAAUUGCACGUCCCAGAUAGAUUUGAGCCCACCUCUAAGAAUCGGGGUUGGCUUAUAUCUCCUCUGGGGGAUAAUCCCACAUGGACACUGUUUGCAGCCGCUAUUCCUGCCCUCCUGUGCACCAUCCUCAUCUUCAUGGACCAGCAGAUCACCGCUGUCAUCAUCAACCGCAAAGAACACAAGCUCAAGAAAGGCUGCGGGUAUCACCUUGAUCUUUUGGUGGUGGCUGUGAUGCUCGGCGUGUGCUCCAUCAUGGGUUUGCCCUGGUUUGUCGCUGCCACAGUCCUCUCCAUCUCUCAUGUCAACAGUCUGAAGGUGGAGUCGGAGUGUUCGGCUCCAGGAGAACAGCCCAAGUUCCUUGGCAUCCGUGAGCAGAGGGUCACCGGCCUCAUGAUCUUUGUGCUUAUGGGACUUUCUGUUUUUAUGACAUCGAUACUCAAGUUUAUACCAAUGCCUGUGUUAUAUGGAGUGUUCCUCUACAUGGGUGUCUCCUCACUGAGAGGCAUACAGUUCUUUGACCGUAUUAAGCUGUUUGGGAUGCCAGCAAAGCACCAGCCUGACCUGAUCUACCUGAGAUACGUGCCACUGUGGAAGGUUCACAUAUUCACAUUAGUUCAGCUCACCUGCCUGGUGCUUCUGUGGGUCAUUAAAGUGUCUGCAGCCGCUGUCGUCUUUCCUAUGAUGGUUCUUGCUCUGGUAUUUGUGCGGAAGCUUCUAGAUUUCUGCUUUACUAAGAGAGAGCUCAGCUGGUUGGAUGACUUGAUGCCAGAAAGCAAGAAGAAAAAGGAGGAUGACAAAAAGAAAAAAGCAAAAGAGGAAGCACAGCGCAUGAUGGAGGCAGAAGAAGAAAUAGAAAUCCCCUUUGACGGUGGUGACCAGCUGGAAAUUCCUGAGAAAACCAUUCAAAUCAGCACUGACCCGUCUGUGGUUAACAUUUCUGAUGAGAUGGCCAAAACCGCUGCGUGGAAAGGUGGCAACAGCUCUGAGUCUGCAACACUAUUGAAAGCUAGUGCCAGUGAGGAGAAGACGGCCUGCAUUAAGAUCCGUGUGGAAGACGAGGAUGAAGAGGACAAGCGUGUGGAUACAGAGACAUCUCUAUGAGACUCACUGUGGUCCUUCCCAGAACCCUCUAGUCUGAGCUCUGCUGCUGCUCAUCUGUGAGUCAAGCCAAAGGUAGAGAAGCCAAAUGACUUCCAGGUGUAUUUAUCCCAGUUUCUCUUUUAAACCACAACCAACAAGCUCUUUUUAUUUUCUACAAGUUUGUUUUUAAUAUGAAAAGCGCACCAUGAUUUGAGAGGUAUAGGGUGCUGUGAGCCACCCAGACUGUUUAUUUUUAUUUUCUUAUUUAAUUUUCUCAACAUAGAUUUGAAGACAAAGUCUUUUAGAGUUAGUUUUACACGCAAACACUGUUUAUAACGGUACCGGUUAUCAAAUCAUCACUUUAGAUGUUCUUUUUCAGUACAUUUAGACAUGUUGUUUGUUGCAGAGUGCUGAUUUUUUUAAAAUAUGUAAAUGCACAAAUUAGAAAAACGUCAAAUGUUAUGACAAGAAAGAAAGAAAGGUGUAAAAAGCACACUUUAAAAUGUCACGUCAAAAAUAUAACUGAAUGUACAAAAAUAUAAUUAAUGUCCUUUUUUUUAACUUUAAAAAAACAAAUAAUAAAUUGAUGGUCUAAAAGAUUAUUGAUGAUUUAUGUAAUUAUAAUAUAUGAGAUCAGAAUGAGAACAAAUGGACGUCUGUUGAAUCAAUUCCUGCAAAUAAAUUGAGGUCAGAAAAAUUCAAACUUGCUGUGAAUUGUCUAAAAGUUAGUUCACUCAGAAAUGCAAUCUGCUGUUCAUUUACUUUCCUUCAAGCAGUCUGAGAUAGAGAUGAUUUUCUUUUUCUUCAGUAGAGCUGAUGUUAGAUGAAAUAUGGCGAUUUACUAAAUGCUUCUAAUAUUUUGAGAUGAAAAAAAACAACAUGCAGACAAAACAAAGUAACGCCUGUUGCUCUGGAUGUCUCUGCUGAUUCGAAUGUUAUCACUUGAUUGAACGGGCAUUAUCAGCUGAUAGAUAUGUGUCAGUAGGGGCCUUCUGCGUAUACUGUUUGGCUCAGAAGGCUGUUAUCAUACUUCCACAUGGUUAAACGGCUAUAGAUCACAUCCGGCUGCAGCUGAGAAUUAUUCAUAUUAUUUAUUAAAUUUACCAUUAAUAAUAUUUUAUUAAUGUGUACCCCUACCUCAACCUUAAACCCAAUCAUCACAGUAAUGUAAAAACAGAUCUGACUUCCAAUUAUGACUUAACUCAAAAUUAGGACUUGUUGAAAUUAUGAGAUAGAAUGUUACAAAUACGACUUAUAAUUUCAACAUUGGUCAUCAUUUCAAGUAGUCAUAAUUGUAACUUUUACCUCGUUGAAAUGAUGACAUAUGUAAAUAUUAUGAGAUAAAACGUUACAAUUAUGUCUUGAAAUUGACAUUUUGAACUUAUGAGAUAGUUACAAUUUGGACAACUCGAAAUUAUGAUCUGUUGAAAUUGAGAUAACUUUUGUGUUGUAUUUGUAUUGUAACUUUUUAUCUCAUCAUUUCAACAUGGGAUAAAAGUUAAUUCAAGAUUAUGACAAAAAAAGUUACAAUUAUGACUUGUAAUUUCAACAUAAAUAAAAACAUUUCAACAUAAUUAAAGUGAUAAUUUGACGUUAAAUCAUAACUGUAACUUUUAUCUCAUGUUGAAAUUAUGACUUGUGUUAAUAUUAUGAGAUAAAACGUUUCAAUUAUGACUUGAAAUUGAGAUAAAAGUUGCAAAUUAUGACUUAACUCAGGGGCUGGCAAACUCGGUCCUGGAGGGCCGGCGUCCUGCACAGUUUAGCUCCAACUCUAAUCACACACACCUGCAUAUAGAUUUCUAGUGAUCUUCAAGACACUGAUUAGCAUGUUCAGGUGUGUUUGAUUAGUGUUGCAGCAAAAGCAUGCAGGACACCGGCCCUCCAGGACAGAGUCUUCUUAUUAGUACAGUAUAGCUGAUUAACCAUGUGGAUGAACGUUAAUAGCAUGGUUACCUAAAAAAUAUGUAUCAAAGAUGAUUCCUUGUAUUUACCUAAUUUUUGUUAAGGUAAGUGUAAAUAAUUUAUUUGUGCUGAGUUUAAGUAAACAAAUUAAGUUGAACAUUACUAAAUUUAAUUUGUUUGUUUAAAUUCAACAUAUAAAUUGUUUGCAACAAUUUUGCAGACAUCAUUUUUUCUGUGCAGUAUGCGCAGAAGGCCCCUAUAAGCCCAUAUCUAUCAGCUGAUAAUGCCCAUUCAAUUAAAUGAUAACAUUCGAAGCGGGUGGAUGUCUUAUAAAUCUUUUUAUUUUAUUUUUUGUCAGUCAGAAUUGCGAGCUUUUAAACUCGGAAUUCGAAUUCUGACAUAACUCGCAAUUCUGACUUAAUAACUCUCAAUUCUGACUUUAUGACUAGGAAUUUUGACUUUAUAAUUUUUUAUACAUUUUUAUAUAUAAUUCAGUGGCAGGAACAGGCUUCCAUACAAAUCUUUAAUGCUCUACUGAGAGAGAGAGAAAAAAUCUGUAUCUCCGAUGGUCUGAGAAUCAGAAAAUGAACAGAAAAUUUCAUCAUUUUUGGGGGAACUACCCCUUUAUCAAUAUCAGCCCCCCUCCCCAAUUUGUUUCAUGUGUUUACAUUGUUCAUUUUUAGUGUUAUGAAGUAGUAUUUUAUAUUGUUAGUACUUGUGAUUUUGACUUUGUGUUAAUCAACUAAUUUAUUAACAGUCAUUGAUCGAGGCAGAAGCAUUUCUGCAGUGUUGUUGGCCUGUCAUUUCUUCCCUCUUCUGUUACUGGUGUUAAUGUGCACUUUAGAUAGGCUCGCCAUUGCGGCUUUAGGCCUGACAACAUCUUAUUUAAUCUAGUCUCAGGAAACCCCCCCUUUUUGCACACUACUCCACGUGCUUUCCAUCUAAUGAGAAAUCUUUUCAUUUUACACUGGACUAAAAAUAAUGAUUAAUAAUCUACGCUGCCCCUUGAUCUUUUUAAAUGCUACAGAUGUGGAAGGCCUUUUUUGUAAUAUUUAUGAUACUCCAACAAAGCAAUUGUCGUUUAUUUUAUUUUAUAAGUUUUUAUGUACGUGUAUAUUUAUAUAUAUAUGUUUUUAGGAGUUGCCAAGUAAAGUUUUGAUCUUCGUAAAACAACCCGCACGCUCACACAGCUUUCACAAAUCCCACAAUCAAAUAAUGAAAUACCUCUGACUACUGUAUGUGAAGGCGGAAAUCAGCUGCUUGUUUAAAUGUGAUCAGUUCAUGUAGAAGUCUGCUUAGAAGUAAUACUGAAAACACACGUGGUCAGUAUCUUCCUUCAUAGCUCUCGUUUUAGGACUCUGGACAAGUAUUUCUGCCGUUGAGCUUCUGUCUGCACCGUGUACAUGAACUGUUUCUGCUCCGUUUUUCCCCUCGUGAGCUGGCCAAAUCAACAUUAAGGAAAAUGUACUGUAGGAGAUUUGUGCUACGUCAGAUAUAAAGAGAAAGAGCAAAAGCUGUCUUUUGUAAUGUUGAUAAAAUUGUUUAUUAAAGAAAUAAAGCUAAUCAACCAUC